GACAGCAGCGCGUUGGAGCUGAGCGCAUGCGCGUUUCAUCCUGGUUAGCUCAGUUUACCUCAGAUCCUGUUUCUGUGUGGGAGCUAACGGUGUGUGCGCGUGCACAUAUGUCCAUCACACAAGCCAAAGCCGGUGUUUGUACAGUUUCUUUGUUUGCCCCACGGUGUAGCCAUGCGCGGUUAAUACGAUUAGCUGGACUCGUCUCCUCUUUUCUUUCCUCUCCUCUCCGUGUGAGAAGGCAGAAGAAUGAUAACAUCCUUAUCUAAGGGAAAUUUACUCGACGUGCUGCAGGACGGCUUCAAUAAUGAGCAACAACUGGUGGCAUAUGUGUCGUGGGUGAAUGCUCAGCUGAAGAAGAAGCCUGGUCUGAAGCCUGUGAGUGACCUGCGGCAGGAUCUCAGAGACGGCGUGGUGCUCGCACACCUCAUCGAGAUAGUGGCUGGCGAGCUCCUUGAGGGUAUUCAUUAUUCACCAAAGGACAACCAAGAGAAGAGAGAAAAUGUGGACAAGGUUUUGCAGUUUGUGUCCUCUAAGCGGAUACGCAUGCCACAGACUUCUGCCAGAGAGAUUGUGGAAGGGAACCUCAAAUCUGCCAUGAGGCUGAUCCUAGCACUAGCAGCACAUUUUAAGCCAUCUGCCUCAGCCAAUCACAGAGCAGGAGCUGCCUUGGGUAGGAACUCAACCAGCUCAUCAGCCAAUCACAGACCUCAUUCCACUAUGGCCAUGGCCCAGAAUGCAGCUGCAGCUUUAGCAGCUGCCCGGAGCGAUGCGUCUCGCUCAGGACGCAGCGUUCAUCAGCUAAGACAGGACUGGCAGAGGCGAAGCUCCAGUGCUGAUGAGGAGAUCGAGAGCCCAUGCUGGAGUGUGCGGGCUUUGGUCCAGCAGUAUGAGGGCCAGGGAGAAGCCGACAUGGACAACACGGAGACAGGAGAGCAAAGCUUGAGCACCUCCAGUCCUAACCACAUGCCCAAAGACCCCACCAGCAGCUCUCAAGACAAAGAACAGCUUUUUAGUAUCCAGUCAGGACAAGCCAAAGACAACAUGACAGGUGGCCCAGCAGCAUCCCAGGAGCAUGAUGGGAGGUGUAACUAUGCCUGGGAGGAGCAACUGUGGGAACAGCAGGAGCAGUUAGAGAGAGAGAUGGUGGAGGCCAGGAGAAUGGUGUCCAGCCUACAGGCUUUGCUUCUCCGCGGCUCUUUGCCUGACGACGAGCAGGAGGUUUCUCUAACUUUCGGAGAGGGAGUGGAAAAUGUUGAGCAACAACUGGUAAUAAUCCGAAGUCGUCUUGACCAGAGCAUGGAGGAGAGUCUGGAACUGAAGAGGGAGCUGUUGAAGUACAAACAGGAGGCACGUAAUCUACAAGGAGUCAAAGAUGCUCUGCAGCAGCGGAUGACCGUACAGGAGUCCUCUGUCUUACAGCUCAAACAGGAGCUUCUGCGCACCACCAUGAACCGUGAUGAACUGGCAAGACAAAACGCAGAGCUUCACAAGAAGCUAGAAGAGAGGAACAGGCUUCUCAGUGAAUAUAAGAAAGAAUUAGGACAGAAGGAUCGCCUGCUUCACCAACAGCAGUUCAAACUGGACGAAGCAAUACGCAAGCUGACCGACAGUAACAGCCAGCAGGCUGACCUGCAGAGGGAGCUGGAGAACAAGCAGAGGAUUCUUCAGGAGCUGACUGAUCAUGAUGAUGAGCUACCUGGAUCUCCAAGCAAUGGCUACACGCAUCCAGCAGCCCCGGAGCUCAGUACAGCACGAGCACACAAGGGAACGGAGGAGCUGCAGUUGGUUCGGGAUGCUCUUCGCAGUCUGAGGAACUGUUUUGGAGGCCACGACCCACAGCACCACACACUGGACACACUGGAGCAGGGUAUGACCAGCCUUAUGGACCGCCUCUACACACUGGAGUCACAGACCAGACAGCAGAGUAAGGCAAGGGUGAGGUCUCCAGGACACAAGGCCACUCACACAGACAGGGACUCCUUGCCGUCUAGCAGCAAAUUGGUCCACUCUCACAGCAGCCCUAUGCUUAACUCCUCUCCCUCCACUAAAGUCCUCUACUUCACAGACCGCUCACUCACACCCUUUAUGAUCAACAUCCCUAAGAGGUUGGGAGAAAUUACCCUUCAAGACUUUAAAGUGGCUAUAGAUCGAGAGGGCAGUUACAGAUACCAUUUUAAAGCUUUGGACCCUGAGUUUGGCACUGUGAAAGAGGAGAUGUUUCAGGAUGAGGCAGUGGUGCCUGGCUGGGAGGGCAAGAUCGUGGCAUGGGUGGAGGAAGAUCAUGGCGAGGGAAGGAUCUAACAGGAAGCCUGAGAAAACCCCCGCUGGGAUCAGAUGUGACGGGGAGGAUAAACUGUGCCAAUCUGUCAGAAUAAAUGUGCUUGUGCCGGAUGUACAGAUGCUCAACUCUCUCACUUGAAAUUCUAAAAUCCUCCUGUUCUGUGUACCGCUGUCUUUCUGUGUAAGUCAAGUGAAAGCAGGAUAACAGAAAGGACACCUGGGGGUUAAUUAGACGUGCAGAACACGAUCCUGUCCAUUCUGUUCCCAGAACAGCUGUCUCCAGAAACCCAGGACACUGUAGAAACCAGGUGAAGUGUCGAUCACACCAGCUGCCUACAGCAUGAAGCUCUCAAGGCAUUUUGCUACAAAAUGAUGUCAGCUAAUGUCACUGAUAUCAUGUUAGAAGAUGUGUGGAAAGAUUAAGAUGUCCACUGCCUUCAGUGAAGGCCAGGCUCGUACCAGCAAUUCAGAACAUUUUCCCCUUUUAAUCUUUUUUUUUUUUUUUUGAUUAACCUUUAAAGUUUAGGUUUUCUGGACAGAUAUUCCAUAAUGUUUAUUUAGGUCAGUCAAGUUUCUGAUAGCAGAGAAAUAACAAAGCUUUACUUCUGUUUCUCAAUACUUUGCCCAAGCCCUGAGUCUACAGGACCAAAGUGAUGUUAAGAUAUUAAAUGCUGGUUUAAUGCAUACAAAUAAGGUCUUUCUCAGUACCAAGAGUGUGUGAAACGGACUUGUGUUCCUGUGAACAAUGAUUUUGUAUAAAUUCGCCAUUAAAGAUGGGUGAUAUUUAAGGAAUAAAACACUUAGAGACUUGCUGAUACAGACGAAUGAUCAACAAAGUGUUGGUGUGAUGAGGCCAAAUGGAGUUAAUGCCACCACCCAAGUUGAUCAUUCUUUAAAAAAAAACAGCAUAUCCUGGAGUUUUUUACUCCUCAUUUACUGCAGCAAUCUGCAGACUAUUACAAUUUUUAAAAUUCAUUCAAGAACGUCAUAGUUUUUGCCAAUUUACAAUUACAUUUAAUAUUGUACAAGAUCAGAAAAAACAAGUUAACUCAAGUUAUUUACAACCUUCACCACUUUUCUUUCUGUUAAAUUUAAAUAAAGUGUUUGUUAUUCAGAGAACUGACGUACAAGUGAAUCCCAGCAAAUGCGCUGUUACUAUGGAAAUGAUAAUGCAUUAGAACGGACACAUGAAUGUAGACCUGCUGUGACAUAAUCGUUCACGAUUUUGAUAUCUCAUCAGAUUAAGCACUGUUAAAGUAUGAAAGGAAAUUCAUAGCUUUAAUUCAUAGGUUUAUUUGCUAGCUAGCGAAUCGGACACACUGCCAGAAUCCAUAUGAACAGACCUCUGCUCCAUUUACCAAAGGAGUAAAUAUUCCAUUGUUCCAUUCCUCACUGUACAUUUUUCAGACAUACUGUUUAGUUUAAAGAAUUGAAAAUGUCACAGUUAUGAAAUGCCUCAUCCACCACUGGUCUGUUAUGGCAAUUAAUUAAUGGUCUUUGAGUUCAUUGUAUGAUGUAAGACAGCAAUCAGCACACCUUCAAUAUUCGGGGAGUAUAAGAUGCACUUAUUUUACUCACUCUUGGUUACUUGCGCACAUCAGUGUAGAAAAUGAACAUGAGAAACACCUAGAGGAUCCCGAGAUCGCCUUAAGACUAACACUGAAAGGCACAAAUACAGUGUAAAAGGUGUCUGCCUCAUUUGAAACCAUCUGUUAUGUGCAUCUUUAUUUGAAGUUACAUUAGUUUCUAUGGGAUAGUACAAAGCUAUAAUUACACUGCACUGAUUCGGAAACCGUAGCAGAGUUUACAGCAGAGUAGAAUCCGGCUGUGCCUGGACCGAACCAGAACCAUUUAAAGGUCAUCAAAAUAAGAUUUGUACCAUUUGUCUUGUUUUUACAUUUUAAAUAUGUAUAUAAAUUAUAUUUCAAAGAGAGAGGCUUGAUAUGAUUUUAUAUGAUCAAUGUUUUGUUUUAUUUUGAGUGUUUAAAAGAAAUGUUCGCCUUUACAAGGAGGAUUUUACAAUUUAUUUUUACCGCAGUUUGCGUUUUUCUUUAGGCAUCUAUGAUUUCAUGUACUGUUCAGUGUUGCACUUGAAACCUCAGUAACGUCACUCAGAUAACAUUCCUGCUAGUGAUUGUUAAUAACGGUUGGAUUUUUGAUUGCAAAUAAACAAAGUGAAUAUCAGCAUUUAA